GCAAUAUACUGUAUUCACCUCGUAAGCAAAGAAAGAAGAGAAGAGUCGACAUUUUCAAGUGUUCGCGAGUGUCCCAAGACCCAGCGCAUCGCCCGGGAGAUAAGAUGGGAGAAAAAUAUAACGUUAGGGGAGCCGCCGGGGUUUUUACAUUCGUGGUGGUGUGUGUUUUGGGACCUGUAUUGCGCGGCACCCGAGCGGCGGGACACCUGCGAACACUCGAGUGAGGCGAAGGCUUUCCACGACUAUGGAUUUGUAAAUUCAGGGUACGGCGUCAACGGGAUCGCUCAUAAUGCCGGACCAGCACCAUCCCCCAUAGGACAGAUGCCCCCCAGCGACGGCAUGGGUCCAGGGGGUCCCAUGCCCCCAGGGUUCUUCCCGACGCCGGGUAUGAGACCAUCCCCAGGCCCAAACCCCCCCUCCCAGGCCUCCCCCCAUCCCCCUGGGGGUCCGGGGGGUCCAGGAGGGCCGGGGGGGAGCCCCAUGCACAUGAACCCACAGGUAAGCCAGACAUUUCUCUCGUUAGCAUGAACACUUACCCGAGAGCAGUGUGGUGGCCGUUGCAAAAGGGCGACACACUGCUGAAGUAGCAGGACGUAGUGUGGUGGCCGCAAGUGAGGGGCACACACUACGGGCGUAGCUAGGCGUAGUGUGACCAAAGGAGGGGAACAUGCUUCUGGCGCAGCAGAGCCAGACGGACCGGAGAAAGGUCGAUGCAUGCCUUGCAGAUCCUCCUGUAGGUGGUACAUUUUACUCGUAGUGUAAUUUGUGCUUGGGACAGUCCGCGCUUACCAGAGGAAUCGAUCUCUUCCUGAAUGGGGCCGAUUUAUGACGUCAUGGGAGAGGAAUAAGUGUGUGCUAAACUUGUCGUAGGACCGCACUUCGCCUCUCUUUCAUGGUCGUGACGCGUGCAACAGUUACCAUCUGUCGUCGUUUCCACUACACGACAAAAAAAGGGACAUCGGAUGCCUUCUCGAUGUGUCUGUAAUCUAUCAACAUUAUUAUUUCACUUCUUCCGAUUCAUAAAACUCCCUUUGGCGAUAACCUUCCCUGCGAAAUAAAUAAACGUCUGCGGACCUUGAAUAAAUCGCCGGAACUGCCUACUCUCACCACAGGGACCGUCAGGAGUGUCGGGCCGAGCGGGACCGAGUGAGGAGCCGCCACUCUUAAUUUUGUUUUUUCCCCGUGUGUUGCGUCGAGGGAACAUUUGCAUUCUGAAAUUAAUGGCUGAAGUACGAGUGCUUGCUCGGAGUAAACCACGAUAACCGAGAACACAAAUACCGGUUAUUGUUACUGUUACUUAGUUAUGAUUUUACAUGGUUACUUACUUAUUUGUUUGAGAAAAGGGGAAAACAAUGCAACAGUGUGUGUG